CCGCGGCUUCCGGAGGAGCUCCCGCGCGCCAGAGGCGGCCGAGACAUGGACCGCAACCCGUCGCCACCGCCGCCGAGUCGGGACGAGGACGAGGAGGCUGCGGCCGGGGGGGACUGCAUAGGCAGCACGGUCUACAGCAAGCACUGGCUCUUCGGCGUCCUCAGCGGGCUCAUCCAGAUGGUUAGCCCUGAAAAUGCCAAGUCCAGCUCGGAUGACGAGGAGCAGCAGAUGGAGCUUGAUGAAGAAAUGGAGAAUGAAAUUUGCAGAGUAUGGGAUAUGUCCAUGGAUGAGGAUGUAGCUUUGUUUCUCCAAGAAUUUAAUGCUCCUGACAUAUUUAUGGGAGUAUUGGCCAAAUCCAGAUGUCCUCGAUUAAGAGAAAUCUGUGUGGGGAUAUUAGGUAAUAUGGCCUGUUUCCAGGAGAUAUGUGUGUCCAUCAGCAGUGAUAAAAAUCUUGGCCAGGUAUUGCUGCACUGUUUGCAUGAUUCAGACCCUCCUACUCUGCUGGAAACAAGCAGGUUGUUGCUUACUUGCCUUUCCCAGACAGAAGUGGCCAGUGUCUGGGUUGAAAGAAUUCGAGACAAUCCAGCUAUUUAUGAUAGUAUUUGCUUUAUCAUGUCAAGUUCAACAAAUGUUGACUUGCUGGUAAAGGUUGGGGAGGUUGUGGACAAGCUGUUUGAUUUGGAUGAGAAGCUAAUGUUGGAAUGGAUUAGAAUUGGGGCUGUUCAGGCUCUGGACCAACCCCAGGAAGAUUCUGAACAGCAGCCAGUGUUUCGAAUUGUGCCGUGUGUACUUGAAGCUGCCAAACAAGUGCGCUCUGAAAAUCCAGAAGGGCUCGAUGUUUACAUGCAUGUCUUACAGCUGCUCACCACAGUAGAUGAAGGAAUUCAAGCAAUUGUACAGUGUCCAGAUACUGGAAAAGACACUUGGAAUUUACUUUUUGACCUGGUGUGCCAUGAAUUCUGCCAGUCUGAUGAUCCGCCCAUCAUACUGCAGGAACAGAAAACAGUGCUGGCCUCGGUUUUUUCAGUGUUGUCUGCCAUCUGUGCUUCCCAGACUGAACAGGAGUAUCUAAAGAAAGGAAAAGUGGAUCUUCCUCUAAUUGACAGCCUGAUUCGUGUCUUACAAAAUAUAGAACAUUGUCAGAAGAAACCAGAGAACUCAGUGGAGUCUAACACAGAAGAAACUAAAAAGUCUGAUUUAACCCAAGAGGAUUUCCACUUGAAAAUCUUGAAGGAUAUUUCAUGUGAAUUUCUUUCUAAUAUUUUCCAAGUGUUAACAAAGGAGACUGUAACUCAGGGACUAAAGGAGGGCCAGUUAAGCAAACAGAAGUGUUCCUGUGCAUUUGAAAAUCUUCUUCCUUUCUAUAGCCCUGUGGUAGAAGACUUUCUCAAAAUCCUCCGUGAAGUUGAUAAGACUCUUGCUGGUAACCUGGAGGAAAGCUUCCCAAGUCUGAAGAUUCAGACUUAAAAACUAUUAGAAUCCUCUGCCCAAGAAAUGGACUCGCUGACUGUUGAAAUUGACAAAUAGGAAAUAUUGCACCAUAAUUGUUUGGUAUUAUACUCAUGCCCUUCUCCUCCAGCCUUGUCUUGUUUUUGUUUGGCAUUGAAAUAUUUUCACUACCAUCAAACAUCAUCCCCCUCCCCUCCUUUUUUUUCGGUGCAUGUGUGUUGGUUGUAUAGUAUUUGUCUUCAGAUAAAACAAAAUUAUUAUAGAGAUCCUUUUUAGAAUAUUUGAGAGGUCACUGAGGAUUUUCUUCAUAACUCAAUUUGAUUUUUACUCAGAAUUUUGUAUUCAUAUCUGCUGCAAGUGCAUUCAGCUGCACUAAUAGAAAACCCUACUACAGUAGCUUAAUCUGUUAACUUGUAUGUAUUUUAUGCAAUAAGAAGUCCAGAAGUGUGCAGUCCAGCCCUGAUAAGGUGGCUCAGGGACCAUGACUCCUUUUAUCUCUAUGUGAUCUGCCGGAUAGACCUUUGUGUUCAUUAUUGUUGUCUUUUGGUUAAAGGGACUAUAAUAUCUCUGGUCCUUUCUUCCACAUUCAUGGAAGAAAAAAGAGAAAGAGGCCAAGGGGCUUUCUCUUAACAAAUCUUUACUUUUUAUUUAGAAAAGAUAGCUCUCCCUGGCCAGAACCGUGUCUUAUGUCUGUCCCUAAUUGCAGGUAUUUGAAAUUAAGUACUUGUUUUCUUUCUGGCCUCUAUAGGAGAGAAAGGCAAGAGAGAAGGGAAAUAGGAAUGGCUUUUGAGUAUACCCAGUUCAUGGUAUUUGCUGCAAUAUGCAAACCUUUCUAUCCAUUUUAAUUGUAUUGAUUCCAUGCUAGGUUGUUAGUAACAAUCAAAAGCAACUACUAGUUUAGCUUUGUUACAGUUCAGGUUUUUUCCAGUGUUUUACGUAUGAAGAUAAAAAUGCUAACAUUCUGAUGAAAGCACAUUAGCAAAAUUAUCUGGUUUAAUUUCAGAAAACGAUUUUCUUUAGUGACUUCAGAUAAGUUAAGAUUGAGGAAGUUUCAUAACUUGGUUGUUUACAGACUGUUAUACGUGAUUUUCCUGUCACACUGUAUCAUUUAGUGUAGUGCUUCCUAAUGAAACGUAUUCUGAGAAUCAACCAGGUAGACUUAUAGGAAGUACCCAGUUUGUAUUAUUUCAGUUACUGAAAGUGGACUUUUAGUAGAUUUUCAGAAAAUAGCGGUUAUGAAUGAAAAAGCCAGCUUUUAAAGCCUCUCUUCUGGUAUAGCCUCUUCUCAGUCUGUUGCAGAAUCUUUUAAAUUUUUAAUCUUUAAAGCAUUAGUCUUGCCUCACACUUUGUAUUCUUUCCUUGAAUGACCUUUGCUGAUAAAACACAGGGUUUUCCUGUGCUGUUUGUAAGAGAUAUAGCAUUUCCAGUUUGGGGGUAAUUUUAGUGUUGAAACUACCCUGCCAAAAAGAAUUGAACUGUGAAAUUAAAAUCUUAUCGAUUAAACUCUUAAUUGGUAGGUUUGCUUUAUGUAUAUUUGUAUGUCUUUGGUGGUAGCCUGUCUGCCAAGUGGAAUGUGACUUUAAUGUGAGCUUUCAAAGGCACCUAUGUAAUCACUCCUACCGGCUAGCCAGUGGUAAAAAUUCUACUUCUGUUAUCUCUUAAAGUUUAAGGGUAAAGAUGCAAAGAAGCCUAUUAGAGUAAUACUCCAAGUUAUUGUCAUGUUUAACGUCAGUGUAUAAAUUCGCAUUCUCUUUUCCUGAGGGCACAUUUUAAAAGGGGGAGCACAGGAACCUUGGGUGUCUGAACAAAACAGUGCCAUUCAGAGUGGCCAGGUUACAGAGGGAGAAAAAGGAUACAUGGGGGGAGGCUCGGGAUGUCCAUGUUAUUUUCCACUUCCAUUUCUGCCUUGAACCUGCCUUAUUGAUGCUUCUUGCUAUUGUAACAUUAUGAAGUGGUGCAUAUUUUCAUAGUACUUCGAUAUGUUUGAAAACUUCCUAAAUCUGUAAAUUGUAAUAAAUAGUUUUUUUUAAGUGAGCAAUGUUAAAACUUUUUUUUUAAAUGCUACACAGUUUGAAGAGUUUACCAAAAAUUAACUUAUAUCAAUUACAGUGAUAUUUUAAAAUGGUACUUUCUGCAGAAGCAGGUUCAGGGCUGGACUCUGAAAAUCAUGUAACUUGCAAGGCUGAAGACCCUAUUUGGGGGCAGCCAGUCAUAUUUAUUGUCUACUAUGUACCAGGUGUUCUAAAUAUUAGGAAGACAGCAGCCAACUUAAUGGACAGGAUAUGCAUACUGGAAAUUUUGUAGUGGACAAAGAGACAUGAAUCUGGCCAAGUGGAGCUCACAUUCUAGAGUCUUCUGUGGAGUAACAGGGGAAGAAAUGGUCCUGCAUAGAAGAACAGAAGGGUCACUCAGCCUGGAGCAGAGCAGAUCAUUGUCCACAGUUCUUCACCUCUCUGUGUCCAUUCUCUUCCCAUGGCUUCUUGGUGACUGGAGUGUGUUUCUCUGCCCUUUGAUUUUGAGCUUGGCCAAGUCGUUUUGCUUCAGCCAAUUGAGCAUUAAGUUAAUAUAAGCAGUCUAAAUGCACUCGUCUUUUUAAAGGCUGUAUAGUAUUCCAUUGUGUGUAUAUGCCGUAUUCUCUUCCCCGUCAGUGGGCACUUAGGUUGCUUCUGUGUCUUGGCUUUGUGGAGAGUGCUGCAGUGAACAUGAGGGUGAAGCUCUCUCUUCGAGAUCCUGGUUUCAGUUCCUUUGGUUAGAUACUCAGAAGUGAGGUUGCUGAAGUGUAAGUAACUUAGCUAAGAAAACGGUUAAUUCAUCCCCUCUCCCAACACUUUUUUCCUAAAAUAAUGAUUUUUUUCCCAUCUUUGUCAGGAUAAGGCUGAUCUGGAGCAUGCUAACCCUGAUCACCUUGCCGUGGUAUUAUUGAGAUGUCACUUUCAGUUUACAUUCCUACCAACAGUGUGCAAGGGUACCUUUUUCUCCACAUGCUCAGUAACACUUAUCUUUCGUUACUGUAUGUAGAUAAUAGCCACCCUAACUGGUGUGAAGUGGUAAUCUCAUUUUGGUUUUGAUUUGUGUUUCCCUGGUGAUUAGUGGCAUUGAGCACUUUUUCAUAUAUGUGUCAGCCAUUCACAUCUUCAUUGGUGAAAUGUCUAUUCAGUUCCUUGGCCAAAUUUUUAAUCAGGUUGUUUGUGAAGUUUUUUUUGCUAGUGAGUUGCAGAUUUCCCAUUAUAUUGUAAUAUUAACUCUUUAUCAAAUAUAUGGCUUAGAAAUAUUUUUUCCCUUUCUGUAGGCUGCCUAUUCAUUUUGUUGAUUGCUUCCUUUGCUAUGCAGAAUAGUUUGAUGUAGGCCCACUUGUCUGUUUUUGGCUGCGCUCUUGGUAUCAUAUCCAAGAAAUAAUUACAAAGACUACUAUCAAGAAACUUCCCUCCAUGUUUUCUUCCCAGAGUUUUUACAGUCCGAGUUUUACAUUUAUGUUUUUAUCCAUUUUGAGUUAAUUUUUAUGUAUGAUGUAAGAGAGGUACAUUUUCAUUCUUACACACAUGGACAUCCAGUUUUCCCCAGCACUACUUAUUGAAGAGACUGUCCUUCCCCCAUGGUAUAUUCUUGCCACCUUUGUCAAAGAUUGGUUGCGUGUGUAUGGGUUUCUUUCUGGGCUCCGUUCUAUUUUUUUGGUCUAUAUGUCUGUUCUUAAAACAAUCCCACUUAGAGUAGCAUCAAAAAGGCAGUGAAAGACUUACACACUGAAAAAUUAUAAAACACUGACAGAAGAAAUUAAGGCAGACACAAAUGAAAAGAUAUCCAUGAUCAUGAAUUCUAAGAAUUAAUAUUGUUAAAUUGGCCAUACUAUGCAACAUAAUCUACAGGCUCAUUGUAGCACUUCUCAAAAUCCUGAUUUUUUUACGGAAAUAGAAAAAAAAAUCAUAAAUUUGUGUGGAAGCAUAAAAGACACCUAAUAGCCAAAGCAUUUUUGAGCCAAAAAAAAAAAAAAAAAAGCUGGAGAUGUCAUGUGUCAUGAUUUCAAAAUAUAUUGCAAAGCCUUUUAAGUUUUCUUGAAUGAGAUCUGAAAAGUCUCAAGUAUCUGAAAAUUAUGCAACCUCAUUUAUUUUUCACUAGGGAUAUAUUAAGUGAACUAUACCAUAUUUGAAACUUUAUUGCAAACAUGAUUUGUACUAGAACAUCAAGAGCUCUUUAGCGGCAGUCUUAACUAUGUGCCUCUUGCUGCCUCUAAAUACGUUUCCUUGCGAAAUGAUUUUAAAUUAACUUUUAAACACCAGGUUCCGUGUUCUACUGCUAAGACUACAGCAUGUAUUUAUAAAAACAUUUCUGCUCACUAGGACACCUAGUUAAUUACAUACUGAGCUUGUAUCAAUAUUGGGCUUGGUGACCUGCAGGCUGUUUAGAAGUGGGAGGCUUAGGAGACCAUCUGCCCAUCUCUGCCAUUGGAAAUGCUUUUCUCUGUUACUGUAAUGAAAUCACUAAAAUCAUUUCCUGUUUCCAGUCCUUGUUCAGUUCUUCUAUCUAUUGUCAAUAAGAGGAUAUUAAAAAACUCAGGAAAGUCCACAUGUCCUUUUCAUCCUGGUCCAUAAUGUGGCAAGUGUCUUUGUGUUUUAGUAUUGGAAAUAAUAAAUAAUGACGUCAAGUCUAUUGUAAUAAAAGAAGCCUGCUUAUUAAACUCUUUCUUUUCCUUUGA